CGCUCUCCAUUUGUGUGUCCCACCCGGGACAUCGACCCCACUCUCCGCCGGGGCGCGCGUGGGACGCCACCUGUCACCACCAGGUGGCGCCCGUUGCCUCAGCCAGAUCCAUCCCCGGCUCACUAUCGCUCCCCAAAAUUUCCUUUCGCUUUCGAUCUCUGACUGUCACCCGGCCUGGCCCCUUCCACGCCCAGCUGGGGCAAGCCUGAUGUGGCCAUAGGCAUGAGGGGCCUCCGGCCGAGAUGAUAGUGCUGGCGCCAGCCUGGAGCCCAACUACCUCCCUGCUGCUGCUGCUGCUGCUCAGCCCCGGCCUCCGAGGGACCCCCGACUGCUCCUUCAGCCACAGCCCCAUCUCCUCCACCUUCAAGGUCACCAUCCGAAAGCUGUCUGAUUACCUGCUUCAGGAUUACCCGGUCACUGUCGCCUCCAACCUCCGGGAGGACGAACUCUGUGGGGCCUUCUGGCGCCUGGUCCUGGCCCAGCGCUGGAUGGGACGCCUCAAGGCUGUGGCUGGGUCCCAGAUGCAGAGCCUGCUGGAGGCUGUCAACACCGAGAUACACUUUGUCACCUUGUGUGCCUUUCAGCCCCUCCCCAGCUGUCUUCGAUUCGUCCAGACCAACAUCUCCCGCCUCCUGCAGGACACCGCCGAGCAGCUGGCGGCCUUGAAGCCCUGGAUCACCCGCAGGAAUUUCUCUGGGUGCCUGGAGCUACAGUGCCAGCCGGACACCUCCACCCUGCUGCCCCCACUGAGCCCCAGGGCCCUGGAGGCCACAGCCCUGCCGGCCCCCCAGGCCCCUCUGCUGCUCCUCUUGCUGCUGCUGCUGCCCGUGGCUUUCUUGCUGAUGUCCGCUGCCUGGUGCCUGCACUGGCGAAGGAGGAGACGGAGGACACCCUACCCUGGGGAGCAGAGGAAGACACUGAGGCCCAGAGCGAGGAGUCACCCGCCAGAGGACACAGAGCCAGGACUCGGAGAAAGUCAGCUAGAGACUGGUUCCUUCCUCGACCACGCCGCCCCGCUACCUCUCUCCCCAGGAUGGAGGCAACGCCAGCCCCCAACGCCAGCGCCAGCGCCACCUAUCCCCCUCUGUACAAAGUCCUUGUCCCCAGGAAAUUGUAUAUAAAUCAUCCUUUUCUACCA